CGCGGUGGAGAUGUCCACUCGAGUGAAGGAUGCUGCAGGUUGGAGAGGCGGGGGGGUGUUUUUUUUCUUCCUCUCUUCCUUUCUAUCUCCUCCUCUCGUCGGAACUUUCCCACAUUAAAACACUUGGACCAUAAAAGGACAGACGGCAUAGUGACCCGCCACUGAAUCAGCACUUUUGUAGCCGAGGUGGAGCUCCGGCAGCCCGGCCAGGAGAGUGACCGAUCACCCUGGGGAAGGUGGACCGCCAGAUUCUCACUUUCCACGGAUAAUAACCCAAAACAACCGGAUCCCAGAGGUUUCGCCGCCACAAGAUUACAUUUUUAUUUUCUUCUCGGCUCCUGGUGGUCCGACUUUGCCGGGCAUCAUGAGCUUGUGGACGAACAGCUCCUUGGAGCCUUUAGUCGGCUCGCAGGCGCCUCCGGCGGACUCGAACGCCACGGGCAACCGCAGCAAGCACGCCCCGCCGGAAUUGAGCCGGGCCGUGCCGGUGGGUAUGGUGCUGGCUUCGUUCAUCGCUUUCGCCAUCGUGGGCAACCUGCUGGUCAUCUUGUCGGUGGUAUGCAACCGCCACCUGCGCACGCCCACCAACUACUUCAUCAUCAAUCUGGCCAUUGCCGACCUGCUGCUCAGCACCACCGUGCUGCCCGUGUCCGCCACGCUCGAGAUUCUGGACUACUGGGUCUUCGGCCGCAUCUUCUGUGACAUUUGGGCAGCGGUGGACGUCCUGUGCUGCACGGCGUCCAUCAUGUCUCUCUGCGUUAUCUCCAUCGACCGUUACAUCGGCGUGCGCUACCCGCUGCAGUACCCGGUCAUCGUGACGGAGCAGCGUGCGCUUCUCGCCAUGCUGGGCGUUUGGAUCCUGGCCAUCGUCAUCUCCAUCGGACCGCUCCUCGGAUGGAAGCAGCCGCCAUCGCAGGAUGACACAGAGUGCGUGAUCACCGAGGAGCCCUUCUACGCCCUCUUCUCCUCGCUGGGUUCCUUCUACAUCCCGCUGGCCGUCAUCCUAGCCAUGUACUGUCGCGUCUACGUGGUAGCAAAGCGCACCACGAAGAACCUGGAGGCUGGCGUGAUGAAGGAACGGCAGCAGGACUCCAAUGAGCUGACUCUCAGGAUCCACUGCCGCAAUCAGCAGAUCCAGGACCUGUGCAAGGCCGGAAGCGGCGGAGCAAGCUCCACCGGACGCAGCACGCUGACCGUUAAGCUGCUCAAGUUCUCCAGGGAGAAGAAAGCUGCCAAGACGCUAGGCGUGGUGGUGGGGAUGUUCAUCUUGUGCUGGCUGCCCUUCUUCCUGGCCCUUCCUAUCAGCUCUUUUAACAAAAAUCUGCGUCCACCCAAAACCUUCUUUAAGGUGAUUUUCUGGCUUGGCUACUUCAACAGUUGCCUGAACCCCAUCAUCUACCCCUGCUACAGUCGUGAGUUUAAGCAGGCCUUUAUCCGGAUCCUCCGCUGCCGGUGGAAGCGGAAGCGCCAGGGCUGGCAGGCGUACUACAACUACCGCUGCCAGCAAGGCUCCAACAACUCGUCCUACCUGAAUGGCAGCCAGCAGACGUUGUCCUCCAUCAGCCACAGCCCGCGAUGCGUCGCCCCCAAACCGCAACCUUGGUCCUCCAACACGGCCGGCCGUAACCUCCUCCCGGGAUCGGACGGACGGGCGCCGCGGCCGGGCCCGGUUUCUCCGCUUGUCACGGAAGCUGGUGGACGAGACAGGGGUGUGAAAAAGCAGUAACGAGCGAUCAGGAAGUGCAGCAUUUCGACUUCAACGAGCAGAACGACGGCUGCUUUGGAUGUUAAACAUCACGGAGCAACACAACACCCUCGGUACGAAACCUUGGGUGCUUCGAAGCUGAUUCGAUUGACCUUCCGUCACACAGCGUGUUGUGUUUUCUUGUAAUCAUAUUUAUUAACCGGCACACGGUGGAGUGGCCUGAAGGCAGCGGAUUUCGAUGCCCGGUAGACUUUUUCUUGUAGGCGAGUGGUUGCCAAAGUUCUGAGGAGAAAUUGGACACUCGACUCAGGCCUUGCAUGUUCUCCCUGUGCUUGAGUGUUUUUUUUUUUCCUCACCAAAAGUCAGAUAGGAUAAGCUCUAUAGAUAGCGUCUGUAUAAGGAUGGAUGGACUGUUCAAGUUAAUGAAGCACAUUUAUGGUGGCCCGGAUUUCUCUUGUGUUCUAAAAUGUAUCUUAACACAAAAAGUGCGUCCAUGUUCUGCCUGAGUGCAGGAAGAGCAGAGCAGCAUUGGCUGGUUGAGUCUCAUGUGCCAAGUCCCGCCUUCUGCUCGCUGACUGUGGAAAAGUCGAGUCGGAGUCACGGCUUGCUCUGAACUUAAGCGAGAACGCGACCAUGGCAGAAGAACCACCAGCGACAGCAGUAGGGGUCAAAGUCACUGGCGAACAAACGGUCCAGGAUUGGCCUGAUAUAUUCUCAAAAAUACACAAAGGCUCUUUUCAGCGACAUCUACUCAAGAGCUUUUUGUUUUUGGACACUGAUUAAAAUGAAGGGUUAACAAUAUUGUUGUUUUAAAAUAAUAAUCAUAAAAUGAUUUUACCUGAACGGCAGCCAGCAGUCACAAGGCAUGUGAAGACACACAUGGGAAUGAUUCUAGGUGCAUUUUGAUAUGUGGGAUUGGGGAAUUAUUUAAAAGAUAUAUCAGUACAAGUUGCUCAUAACCAAAUAUAACAAAAUGGCUUCUCUAUAAUAAAGUGCACCUCAGGAUUCACGUCACUUUUUCUUAAUUUCCCAAUGAUCAUAAAUCUGCAGAAAACUAGAAAAAGUCAUCAUUCACGUUGCCAUUUGCACUUUUCUGAUUCCCUGCACUACAAUUUUGAAUGACGCUCUGCACUUCGCACAAUUUUUUUGUGUUGAUUUUUACCCCCCCUCGGAAACAAAAUAAAUAAAUA